AGUCGCUAGUAGAGCCUUCACAGCAGUGUGUAAAGUAACCAACUUAAGUCAGAUUGCGAAAUGGCAUUGCUAUCAAAUCAACUGCCCAAAUUUGCCCUCGAAAGGAUUGCUCAGAUUGCCAGCGAGCGCGGAUUUUUACCCGAUGCGUACCAGAUCGAUUGCUCGAGUGGUUCCAAAGUUGGCGAUGGAUACAUAGCGCAAAUUGUUCGCGUUACGAUUGAAGGCGAUCGGCUAGAGGACGGAGUGGUGAGACAUCAUGAACGGUUUUCGUUGAUUUGCAAGUUUCCCUUCGAGGAUCGCCAGCAGCGGGAACAGUUUAACUCGAUGCUGCUGUUCGAACGGGAAGUGUACGUUUAUCGGGAAGUAUUUCCAGAGUUAGAGAGACUUCAGCUGGAGCAUGGAUUGAAGCGGGGUGAUGAUCUGGGGUUCUGGAACUAUCCGCACUGCUAUUGGGGUAUGUUUGAUAAAGAACAACAGGAGUCGAUACUAAUUUUUGAGGAUUUGAUUGUACGUGGUUUUGAGAUGAAGGAUAAAAAUGAGCCAACGGAUUUCGAGCAUGUUGAAGCGCUGAUGGUUGCACUUGGGAAACUAAACGCAUGUUCUUUCGCGUUGAAAGAGCAACGUCCAGACAUAUUUGAUAAAAUUAAAAAACUGGACGAUCUUUUGUGUACGGUGAUGACCACCGAGCAGACAAGCAAAUUGGCGACCCGAAACUGCGAUUUGGCCGCUUCCAUUUGUACUGGUAAUAACACUGACACGCAAUGGAGGAAUAAAUUUCUGUCGCUAAAAAAUUCACUAUGGGAUAAAACUCGCUCUCAUAUCGCAGGCCAGAGGGCAGAACCUUUCGCUGCUUUGAGUCACGGCGAUUGUUGGGUAAACAACGUCAUGUACGGAUACGACGAGAUGACCGGAAAAGUGAAUGAAAUUGUAAUGCUAGAUUGGCAGAUGGCACGUUAUAGUUCUCCAGCGCUGGAUUUUCUUAACUUCAUAUAUCUGUGCGGACAAGUCAGUUUAAGAAGAGAAAAGUUCAAUGAUCUAAUAAAUACAUUUUACGAAGCAUUUUCGAAAACCUCGAAAAAAUUAGGCGGCCAACCAGAACGAUCGUUGCCUUUAGAAAGACUUCUUCAUCAAAUUCAACAGUUUGGCAUGCAGGUUCUAGCAUUAGGAACUUUUGCAAUGCCAAUCGUUGCCAAACUACCGGAUGAAUUCUUCGUCGAUGAAAAUCGCCAUAAACCGGAGUACACUCCACAACUAAAAGUUUAUACAAACAUGAUGAAAGAUUUAAUUUUAGACUGCAGCAAAUUUGACGAUUUUGAAUAAACCAUUCCAUUAUUAGGCUGAUACAAA